AUGAGCAUAAAUACGAAUGAUGACAGUCAACACAGUUGUAGUGAACCAUUAACUCCACCACACAUGGUUGAAACGGCAAAAGCCGUUUCACUAAAUCUAUUGCCUGAAAAAUCAAAAGAAAGAUAUAUAUUGGCUUAUGAAAAAAUUUUAAAAUGGAAAAAAAUAAAUAAAACCAAAUCGUGGUCAGAAAAUGUGUUGCUUACAUAUUUUAGUAAUUUAUCUAAAGAAAUUAAACCGUCAACUCUGUGGUCUGUUUAUUCAAUGCUUAAAACCACUAUAAAUAUGAAACAUAAUAUUAACAUUGGUACUUAUCCAAAAUUACAAGCAUUUUUAAAGAGAAAAUCGACUGGAUUUAAAAGUAAAAAGUCCAAAGUUUUGACUUCAACCGAUAUAAAAAAAUUCAUAGACGAAGCUCCUAAUAUUCAAUACUUAGUAACUAAAGUAGUAUUGAUUUUUGGGAUAACUGGCGCAUGUAGAAGAGAAGAACUUAGCAAUAUUACUAUAAAUGAUAUACAAGAUUUUGGCUCAAUGUUACAUAUUAAACUUCCUUACACAAAAACAAAUUGUUCGCGGUCUUUUACUAUUGAAGGAGAGUUUUAUGAUAUUUUUAAGAAAUACAUAGAUUUAAGACCCGCAAAUGUACAGUCAGAUAGAUUUUUUUUAAAUUAUAAAAACGGUAAAUGCACCAAGCAGGUUAUUGGAAAAAACAAAAUUGGAAAUAUGCCCAAAGAAAUUGCAAAUUAUUUAAAUUUACCAGAUCCCCAAGCUUAUACAGGUCAUUCUUUCCGCCGAACUUCAGCAACAUUACUUGCCGAUUCUGGAGGUGAUAUUACAACGCUCAAACGCCAUGGUGGUUGGAAAUCCAGUCAAAUUGCCGAAGGUUAUAUAGAAGAUUCAAUAAACAACAAAAAAAAAAUAUUUAACCAGAUAACUGAGUCUAUAACUAAUCCAUCAUCAACACAAACCACAAAUGAUGUUAACUAUGGUGCAUCUACUUCAAAAGCCAGUGACGUUGAUGAAAAAAAAAAGAAACAAGUGUCAGCGGAAAUGUUUUCAAUAUAA